CUGAUGCAUCAUAGUUGAGAUUUUCUACCAGUUGUUUCAAUUAUUUUUCUUGAGUGCAGAUAUAUAGACAAGGAACAAGUUGAAAAUUUUUCUUAAGCUUAAGAGCUUGUGAUAUUGGCAGCUCAGGAUGGACAAGAAGCAAGGGAAAUACGUAGUGAACAUUGAACACUCUGAAAACCAGCCAUCAGUCACGUGCCCAAAUGACCAAGAGGCUCACAGCUUCACAUCCUGGUGUCCACCUUCAAAUGAAACAAUGCAUGAUGUCUCCUCCAACUUAACCGGGGCCUGCAUGAGCCCAGGAGUGUUUGAACACUCAAGAUGUGCACAACCAGAAUCAUCCAAUACACAGUUCAAAGGAAAUUGCUGCAAUGAGUGGUCUCUGUGGAAAGUCUUCCUGGCUUGUCUCUUAGCCUGUGUGAUAACGACAGUGAUUGGAGUACUCAUAAUAUGCCUGGUGAAUAAUAAAGGAGAUGACUAUUCCUACAUUGUUAUCCAGCUACCCCCAAACAACACUGGGAAGACCUGUACAACUUCUCAAACUGCAAUGACCAGUUCAGUGGAGCCUGCGACUACAACCACUUCAACCAGCACUCCAACUAAAUCAGCACCCACCACCACCGCAACUCAAUCUAUAACCACAAGACCCAUCUACCGUGCUUAAAAAUAAUGAUCACUUUAACAGACUCUACAACAGCUACAACUUAAUGGUAUUAAAUGCUAUGACAAAUUAAGCAUAGGUGACAACCCAAAUCGAUACCACUUCCACCAUCUCUUUAACUGAAUCCAUAACUAUGUUCACUUCAGUUGAACCUAUACAGCCGCUAUUACUUCCACUUAACCUACUGAAAUUUCUACGUAGCCUCCAAUAACAGUUCUCAUCACCAUCUUUCAACAAUUGAUAAUCUCCACCUUUUCAUCUGAACCUACAACUGCAGAUCCACUAUUACUGCUUUAAACUAAACAGAACUACCAUAACUCAUCUAAAUGACCUGUUCCAUAGCAAUUAAUCUUUAGUGACCACCACUAACUUAGCCAUAAACUACUCCUUACACUAGCUCUUCCCCAACAUUGAAAUUGUAGCUACAACUUCUGCAACAGCCGAUUCUAGUGUAUGCCUUUGUCAUCACUAUCUUAUACCUACAGCAAUGACCGCAGGCCAGUUGAAGAACAAUAGUCUGGACCACAAAUAAGGGAAUAAUUAUCCCGACAUUCACUAAAUCAACACUUAGGAUUUCUAAGACUGUCAAAACUCCUUAUUUUCUGAACUUUUAAGCUAUAAGAAUCUAACCUUGAUUUUAUAGUUCAAAAUAAAAUAAUUUCAUAUACAAAAACUAA